CCUUUGACUUUGGAGGGAGAUGCCGCCGGGGAGGGAGUGUGGAUAUAUAAGACCUAUCUGCAGAGGAGGUGUCAUUAGCAUUCGCAUAGCUCAGUCAGCCCGGCACAGCCAGCCCAACCAGCACCAUGAACAAGUUUGUGAUAACCGUCUUCGGCCUGUGCGCCGUCGCCUCCCUCUCCUGUGGUCAGCAGCAGCCCUCCACUCCGGAGCCCAUCGCCAUCGUGAAGCUCAACAGCGACGUCAACCCCGACGGCUCUUUCACAUAUGAAUACGAGACGGCCAAUGGCAUCAAGGCCGACGCCCGCGGCGCCCUCAACAACGCCGGCUCCGAGAACGAGGCAUUGUCGGUGCAAGGCUCGUACUCCUUCGUCGGUGACGACGGCGUCACCUACACCGUCACCUAUGUGGCCGACGAGAACGGCUUCCAGCCCCAGGGCGCUCACCUGCCGACCCCGCCGCCCAUCCCAGAGGCCAUCCUCAGGUCCAUCGAGUACAACGCCGCGCACCCCGAGGAGAACGAGGUCAAGGCCAGGAGAUAAACGUGACCUGCGACUCCACUCCUCUAGUCAGAAUAUGUCUUGUAAAUAAAGUAUUGUUAAUA